AUGGGGCCUGGGGGAAACGAGAUGGGCGGCGCCAUGCAGGGCAACGGCUCUGGCCAGCCUCAUGCGACCGAGUAUACGCUACAGGGCGUCAUGCGCUUCCUCCAAACCGAAUGGCACCGUCACGAACGCGACAGGAAUGCGUGGGAGAUUGAGCGCCAGGAGAUGAAGGCCAGGAUAGCCGCCCUCGAAGGCCAGGCACGACGGGCUGAUGCCACCCAGAAGGCCCUCAAGAAAUACGUCACAAUUCUCGAGAAGAAGGUCAAGGAUCAGUCCGCGCAGCUCAAGGGAGGAUCCAAAGCCGAGGAAGCUGCAAAGGCCGAGAAGGAUCGCGCCGCCAUGAUCCAGGAGAAGCUUCGACCCUCGAACAAGAAGGCCACCAACGCCGACGGCAACGAAAUCGAUGUCGAGAAGGGCGAUGACGAGUCGCAGCGCGCCGACCUCAAGUCGUUCCUGGAUCAGUGCCAAGCAGAAUUCACCUACCUGAUGAUCACUCCAGCCAACCCUUUGCCUCCUCGCGAAUCGCCGCCGCUGCCGCUUCUUGAAGAUCUUCGUGAGGGCGAGCCUUUUGGUGUUCCCGGUGGCAAGCCCUUCCAGGAGCCGCCCUUCCCAUUCGCUUCUUCUUCCCUCGUGCCGCAGAACCAUGUCCGCGAGGCCAAUCGACCACCCCCCGCCCCUAAUCACGCGCCCCCUAUGCAAAGAAGCCAGCCGACGAGCCUCCCCAUGAGGCCGGCCGAACAGCCGCCGCAACAAAUGCCGCCUCCGAACCCCGAGCCUGCUCCUCCCGUCAUGUACGCAGCCGGAAACGAGUGGCCGCAGCCCAUGUCCGUGACUGCCCGUAUGCUGGACGACAACCUGCAGCAGCGGCCUAGCCACGCCGUUGAGUCGGUCAAUAGUGUCGAACCAACAGACGAGCCUCAGCAAAGUAGCCGACCGGCGCCUGAGACCGACGGAUGGGAGUUCCCCGAGGGCGCGUUCCCCGAGUCAAAUUCAUCGCAACCCCUACAGCAACUGACCAACCGACCUGAUACGGACGCUUUUCCUACGGCAGAUAACCUUCCCAAGUCGCCUAACCGCGGGCCAGCAUCUCAUCGCCGCAAAGGCUCUAUGUCAAGGAGGCGCAGUGCCGAUCACGAACUUUCGUUGAACGCAGCCGCUCAGAAGGCAGGAACGGGCAACUUUAAGCUGCGUUUCGGUCUGCGAGGCCAUCUCGACACCGUGCGAACGGUCAUCUUCUCCGGCGGCGGCAGUCCUGGUGAGCCUGAAAUCUGCACCGCAGGCGACGACGGCAUGAUCAAGCGUUUCCACAUCCCCCGCGUCGACGGCCAUGGCCAAACCAACGCCGCCUCUGACCUUGAUGUAACAGCCAACUUCUCUCACCGUGGUCACAAUGGAGCGGUCCUCUGUCUGACAUCCUGGUCUCCAUCCCCCAACUUCUCGACUGGCGGGCGCGCCCAAGGUGAUGGCUGGAUCUUCUCUGGCGGCCAAGACGCCACCAUCAGAGUCUGGGAGCGUGGCAGGGUCGACCCGAAGGCGACUCUCGAGGGACACACUGAUGCCGUAUGGGCCUUGUGCGUGUUGCCUACGACUCUAGGCUCAGUCUUUGGACAGAACAACCAAUACGGUAGUCCUGAUCGCAUCAUGCUGGUGUCUGGAGGUGCGGAUGGAACUGUCCGUCUCUGGGCGGUCAGCGCACCGCCUCAGCUGACUAGUCCUCAGCCAGGCACGAACAGGGCUGGGCCUACGGGUAGCAGAGGUCGUGUUCGCGGCAAUUCUAUGAGCUCUGGCAGCGCUUUCUCGAGCACUCCGCAGCCCAACAUGGCUACCAACUCCCCAUUUAACCACACUAUGGUACACAACAUCAAGAGACCCGAGGGAGCCACGGGUACCCCGACUUGCAUCACACCCCUUGGCCCCAAUGGCGAAUCUUUCGUCGUUUCUUACUCUGACGCGGCAAUUCUUGUUUACGACACCAGGUCAGGUGAACAGACGGGAACCAUGGAUAGCUUGGAGACGUACGACGGAACGAUCAACACGAGCGUCAAUGCUGUUGUGGCAACCACUGUCGGCCUGGAGCAGCCCCAGAGCGGCAUGUCUGAAGAGGACAGUGGUGCUGGUGGCGGACCUACGGGAGGCGGCAGGUCGAUGGCGGGAUCUGGCGUCGAGGGCGUCAUCAUCUCUGGACACGAAGAUCGGUUCGUGCGAUUCUUUGAUGCAAACAGCGAUGGCCGUGAGCUCAUCAGCGCCGGCCACGACGCCUCCCUGCGGUUCUGGAGUCUUGAGAAGCGAUCCUGCACGCAGGAGAUUACGAGCCACCGCAUCAUGCGCGGCGAGGGCGUUUGCUCCGUCGUCUGGAGCCAGGACGGCAAGUGGGUUGUCAGCGGUGGCGGCGAUGGUGUUGUGAAGGUGUUUGCACGGUAG